AUGGAGACUGUCAUCAAUCAACAUGGUCUUGAUAUUGAAGCAUUGAAAUCAUCUCGUCUUCCGUUGACUGGUGGUCCUCAAAUUGGAUCGUCGUCACAGCCAGUGAAUGUUACAAAAGACUCUAGAACAAGCCUUGUGGAAAAUGAAGUGUCCAAAAUGGAUCCUUAUGCUUCUGGUCGGCCACCAGUUGCCCCAAGUGGUGGAGCACCUGAUUAUUAUCAAGGAUCUGUGGCUCAGAGGAGUAGCCAGUCUUUUGAUCAAGGAAGUCCAUCUAGUUUGGAUUCUAGGUCUGCUAACUCACAGUCACAAGACAGACGUGAUACUGCUAACUGGGACAAACAGGUGAAUCAAAAGGAUGGUAAGAAAGCUACGGCAAAGAGAAAGAGGGGAGAUACAUCAUCACCUGUGGAACUGCAUGUUGACAGUCCUCAGCUGGAUCCUCGCAAUACUGGUGUUAAUGCAAGGAAGGGGAAAAUGACCAAGGCUGAGUCGUCAGAUGGUCUCCCAGUUAAAAGCGGUGAACUAACAAACUUUAACAUGGCUCCAAAUAGUUGUCAAAUGGAGAAUGUCUCAACAUUGCCUGGUAGCAUGAGAACAAUGCUUAGAGCAAACCAAGAAGGUCAUCAUUUAUUGGCGAAGCAAACUGAUUUGACAAAGAUUGGCAAUCCGAUGGUCCGAACACCUAAUUCAAAGUAUGCUGAAGACUCGGAAGUCUCCUCUGCACAUAUUGCUUCAGGAAAGCAGCAAGUGUUUGUUCCUGCUAAUACAAUGAUAGAAAGUCCAAUGCAGCAGUUAACACUUCCAUCCCUUGGCUCAAGUGCUUAUGCAAAAAUUCAUGGAGGGAUGGCAAUUCCAGCUGGUGCAUCAAUGGCUGAAGCUUUCUCAAAUUCAAUGCAAUAUGGUGGUGCAGUUGAGCGUGAUGGGGGUAGUUCUACUAAUUUAGCUGAUGGACAUAAAAUUUCUCAGGUUGGCAGGCAAAAUAGUGGCUCAGAAAUGACUAUGCUUAGACAAGGUGUUCCUCCAAGAGACACGGGAAAAUCCACUGCUCCUGCCAUGCCUUUCAAAGAACAACAGUUAAAACAGCUUCGUGCUCAGUGUCUUGUUUUUCUAGCAUUUAGGAAUGGUCUAGCACCAAAGAAACUGCAUCUUGAAAUUGCACUUGGAACGGCCUUUUCUAGAGAAGGUGACCGAAAUGGUUCUCGCAAAGAUUUAUUUGACCACAAAGGAAAAUCACAAUCUUUUAAUGGUUCAGGUAAUGCAUCUGGGGUCGGGAUGCCGUUUGGUGGCCCAAGCAAUGUGAGACAGACAGAUAAAAACCCUUCAGGUUCCUCUUCAGCAGGAAAAAUUGUUGAGGCUGACUCUUUGUCAAAGGGAACUGAGAGCCCAAGAACAAUGGAGGACAAAGGUAAUCUACAUGUCAUGAAAAGAGGAGAGGUUGAAAGACGGAUUCAAGAAAGAGUGACUGCACAAGCCUCUUCAGUCACUUCAUGUCAGCAGCAAGAUUCUUCAAGUACAAGGGGAGCGGCAGUUGGUAAUAAUCAUUUGGAUGAUGUUGACACUGGUAAUAUGCAGGUAGGAAGAUCUAACCAAUCUUCUGUUGUUGGCCCAAACAGCUGGGCUGGUUUUGCUGGUGCUAACGAGGCUUCAAAGGGACCUCCACAGAUCUCUACUAUUCAACAUGAGUUGCCUAUAGAAAGAAGAGAGAAUAUUCCUAGUCAGUUUCAAAAUGUUAGUAACAAUAGUGGUUCACGGAAUCACAAUUUGUCUUCUUUUUCUUUAAAAGAGCAAUGGAAAUCAGUUCUGGGGACCGACAGUGAUCCCCAUGGAGUAACCAUGAUGAAGGAUGGAAAUGUGAUGAUAAAACAUGUUUCUCCAGAUGGCUUCAAAACAGUUUCAGUUGAUAAUGCAUCAAAGCAUGGCAUCCCUUUUGCUACGGAGCUGGAUGGGAAUGAGAGGUUGGCAUCAGGGGAUUUGCCAUCUUCUCCAAAAUAUACAAUGUCAGAGAGAUGGGUCAUGGAUCAGCAGAAAAAGAGGCUUCUAGUUGAGCAAAAUUGGGUGCAAAAACAGCAGAAAACCAAGCAAAGAAUGGCUACUAGUUUUCAUAAGUUAAAGGAAAAUGUGAGCUCUUCUGAAGAUAUUUCUGCUAAAACCAAAAGUGUCAUAGAGUUGAAAAAACUUCAACUACUAGAGCUCCAACGUCGUCUCCGAAGUGAUUUUCUGAAUGAUUUUUUCAAACCGAUUACAACUGAGAUGGAUCAUUUAAAAUCAAUUAAGAAGCAUAGACAUGGUAGAAGGUUCAGACAACUUGAAAGGUAUGAGCAGAAAAUGAAGGAAGAGCGUCAGAAACGUAUUCGUGAGAGGCAGAAGGAGUUUUUCAGUGAGAUAGAGGUUCACAAGGAAAAACUUGAUGAUGUAUUCAAAAUCAAGAGGGAACGGUGGAAGGGUUUCAAUAGAUAUGUGAAGGAGUUCCAUAAAAGAAAAGAACGUAUUCAUCGUGAGAAGAUUGAUAGAAUCCAGCGGGAAAAGAUUAAUUUACUGAAAAUAAAUGAUGUGGAGGGAUAUCUUCGUAUGGUGCAGGAUGCAAAAUCAGAUCGUGUAAAGCAACUACUUAAAGAGACUGAGAAGUAUCUCCAAAAGCUUGGGUCCAAGCUACAGGAAGCAAAGGCUGCAGCUGGACGUUUUGGACAGGAGGUUGAUGAUACAGGUCAUGUCAGUUUUCUUGAGAAUAGUGAAACAGAAAAUGAAGAUGAAAGUGAUCAGGCAAAGGCAAGUUUGUCAUACCAUCUCUUUCUUAGGUUUAAAGCUAGAUUGUCAAAUAUGAGACUUAUGUUUUCCAAUUCUUUUUUACAGCAUUAUAUGGAAAGCAAUGAGAAGUAUUAUAAGAUGGCUCACAGUAUAAAGGAGAGCAUUGCUGAACAGCCAUCUAGUUUGCAAGGGGGGAAAUUGAGGGAAUAUCAAAUGAAUGGCCUGAGGUGGCUGGUUUCCCUUUACAACAAUCAUUUGAAUGGAAUUCUUGCUGAUGAAAUGGGAUUGGGUAAAACAGUACAGGUUAUUUCUUUAAUUUGCUAUCUGAUGGAAACGAAAAAUGAUAGAGGACCAUUUCUGGUGGUUGUGCCCUCUUCAGUGCUACCUGGUUGGGACUCAGAAAUAAACUUCUGGGCUCCUGGUGUUCAUAAAAUUGUCUAUGCUGGACCGCCAGAGGAGAGGCGUCGAUUAUUCAAGGAAAGGAUUGUUCACCAGAAAUUCAAUGUUCUUUUGACUACAUAUGAAUAUUUGAUGAAUAAGCAUGAUAGACCAAAGCUUAGCAAAAUACAUUGGCAUUAUAUAAUAAUUGAUGAAGGCCACCGCAUAAAGAAUGCUUCUUGCAAGUUGAAUGCUGACUUGAAACACUACCAGAGCUCUCACAGAUUGCUGUUAACUGGAACACCAUUGCAGAACAAUCUUGAAGAACUGUGGGCACUACUUAAUUUCUUGUUACCAAACAUAUUCAAUUCUUCGGAGGACUUUUCUCAAUGGUUUAACAAGCCAUUUGAGAGUGCCGGGGAUAGCUCACCUGAUGAAGCACUAUUGUCGGAGGAGGAGAAUCUCUUGAUCAUAAAUCGUCUGCACCAAGUUUUGAGACCAUUUGUACUCAGGAGAUUGAAACACAAGGUUGAAAACGAGCUGCCUGAGAAGAUCGAGAGAUUAAUAAGAUGUGAGGCUUCUUCGUAUCAAAAACUUUUGAUGAAGAGGGUGGAAGAAAAUCUUGGUUCUAUUGGCUCUUCAAAGGCUCGAUCAGUGCACAACUCUGUCAUGGAGCUUCGAAAUAUAUGCAAUCAUCCCUAUCUCAGCCAGCUUCAUGCAGAGGAGCUUCAGUCAGAAACAGACAGUAAAGUAGAUAACUUCAUACCUAAACAUUAUCUGCCACCAAUUAUUCGACUCUGUGGGAAGCUUGAGAUGUUGGACCGUUUAUUGCCUAAAUUGAAGGCAACAGAUCAUCGGGUUCUUUUCUUUUCGACAAUGACUAGGCUUCUGGAUGUUAUGGAGGAAUACUUAACCUUAAAACAGUAUCGGUACCUCCGGUUGGAUGGACAUACAUCAGGAGGUGAUCGAGGUGCUCUGAUUGAACUAUUUAACCAACCUGAAUCCCCAUAUUUUAUUUUUUUGCUCAGUGGUCUCUUAAGAGGCUGGCUUGAGGGGGUUGAAAAUAGUGCCCUGGCGGAGUGGACUGCGGCUGCAAUUAGGGCCUCUGUAGCGGUGCUGUCCAGAGUUGUGGAAUAG